AAAUAUACAUGGUAUACAAUUCUCAAUCGGGAACUUCGCACAAUCAACACACGCCAGUCCACACCUUUGUCCCCCUCCCCCCUUCUUUUUUACCCCUGUCCUAGGAUCAUCAGCAGCAAUGUCUCGCGAGCUCAUCUCAAGCGAAAAGUUCCCUCCCAAGCCGCACAACUGCCCCGCAGUCAAGGUUCCCGGGCUUGUCUUUUGCGCCGGCCAAACAGCUACUGGAGAGAUUAAGCAGGCCACGAGGACUGUUCUGCAGAAUCUCAAGGAGGUUUUGGAGCUUGCAGGGUCGAGCCUAGACAAGGUGGUCAAGUAUAAUGUGUACUUGGCGGAUAUGAAGGAUUUUGCAGCUAUGAAUGAGGUGUACAUAGACUUCCUGCCUAAGCCCAUGCCGUCUCGAUCAUGCCUCCAGGCAAUCCCACCAGGAGAUGGCACUGUCAUUGAAAUCGAGUGCAUUGCACAAGCGUAGAUGCUGAGCAGUUGCAGGAGGUUACAUCAACUCUAAACCUCAUUUAAAUAUGAACUCAAG